CCUCGCGCCCGCGCCGCGCGCCCUCCCGCUCCCGCCCGCCUGUGCCGCCGCCGGCGAAGCAACUUCGCGAGCGCCCGCGACCGGCCGGACCCCGCGCCGCCCCCGGUCCAGCGCCCAGCCGGCCGAGGCCAUGGACGCGCCGGCCUGGCUGCUGCCCCCGCUCCUGCUGCUCUGCGCGCAGCAGCACCGCGGCACCAGAGCAAUGAAUGACAUUGGCGACUAUGUCGGCUCCAACCUGGAGAUAUCCUGGCUCCCCAACCUGGACGGCUUGAUGGAAGGCUACGCCCGCAACUUCCGGCCUGGUAUUGGAGGCCCCCCCGUGAACGUGGCACUCGCCCUCGAGGUGGCCAGCAUCGACCACAUCUCGGAGGUGAAUAUGGAGUACACCAUGACCGUGUUUCUGCACCAGAGCUGGCGGGACAGCAGGCUGUCCUACAACCACACCAACGAGACUCUGGGCCUGGACAGCCGCUUCGUGGACAAGCUCUGGCUCCCAGACACCUUCAUCGUGAAUGCCAAGUCCGCCUGGUUCCACGACGUGACGGUGGAGAACAAGCUGAUCCGGCUGCAGCCCGACGGGGUGAUUCUGUACAGCAUCCGAAUCACCUCCACGGUGGCCUGCGACAUGGACCUGGCCAAGUACCCCAUGGACGAGCAGGAGUGCACACUGCAUCUGGAGAGCUAUGGCUACUCGUCUGAGGACAUCGUCUACUACUGGUCCGAAAACCAGGAGCAGAUCCACGGGCUGGACAGGCUGCAGCUGGCCCAGUUCACCAUCACCAGCUACCGCUUCACCACGGAGCUGACCAACUUCAAAUCGGCCGGCCAAUUCCCCCGGCUCAGCCUGCACUUCCACCUGAGGAGGAACCGGGGUGUCUACAUCAUCCAGUCCUACAUGCCCUCCAUCCUCCUGGUCGCCAUGUCCUGGGUCUCCUUCUGGAUCAGCCAGGCGGCAGUGCCCGCCAGGGUGUCCCUAGGCAUCACCACGGUGCUGACCAUGACCACACUGAUGGUCAGCGCUCGCUCCUCCCUCCCGCGGGCAUCAGCCAUCAAGGCGCUGGACGUGUACUUCUGGAUCUGCUAUGUCUUUGUGUUUGCUGCCCUGGUCGAGUACGCCUUUGCCCACUUCAAUGCCGACUACCGGAAGAAGCAAAAGGCCAAGGUCAAGGUCAAGGUCAAGGAGCAGAGGGCCGAGAUGGACGUGAAGAAUGCAGUCGUGCUCUUCUCACUCUCAGCCGCCGGCGUCACCCAGGAGCUGGCUGUGUCCCGCCGGCAGCCCCGGGUGCCCAGGAACCUCAUGGGCUCCUACAGGUCGGUGGAGGUGGAGACAGGGGAGAUGAAGAAGCAGGGGGGGGCCCGCUCAAGGGGCCUCCGUGCACUUUUCAAGCCCAUCGACGCGGACACCAUUGACAUCUACGCCCGCGCUGUGUUCCCUGCUGCCUUCGCCGCAGUCAAUGUCAUCUACUGGGCCGCGUACACCAUGUGAGGCCGCACACCACAGGCUUGUCCUGCUGCCCAGAACCUCCAGUGAGAAAGGCCCCCCAGGGGGCUCUGCGUGUUUCAGAGGGGCAUGACCAUGAGCCACACAAAACAAGAGGAAAGCUCGGCCUCCCUGAGCGUCCCCAGGCUCUGUCCCCACCCUCACCCGGUCACCUCUGGGCUCCGCGGACGCCGGCCCAGCUCCCUGCUCCAGUAGCAGAGCCACCUGACCCAGGUCGGGCCAGGCAGGCGAGGGUCCCCAGGGAGCCACGCAUCUGGCUGCAAAAUGGUCCAGCUCUGGGACUUGGCUCUGUGGGCUUGGCCCGGGGAGCGGAAGGAGGCCAGGCGUGGACGGUGCUCAUCACCUGAAUGAGAGGGUGGGGAAGGGCGUCCGCAGGCCUUUGGUCCCAGCAUGAAAUAAAAUGGAAUCUUUGCCCCUGC